CAGUCCUCAGUUCAGUACGCGAUGAGCCACGGAGGAGUAGAAGUCAAGGGAGUCGUCCCGCCAGACGGAGGUUGGGGGUGGGCCGUCGUCUUCGCCAGCUUCAUGAUACACAUCUUCGCUGAUGGAGUGACCUACAGUUUUGGAGUCUUCCACAACGAGCUAGUUCUAUAUUUUAAGGAGACUGAAGCUGCUACGUCCCUCAUAGCCUCCAUUUUAGUCGGUGUCACGUUAUGUACAGGUCCGAUAUCCUCGGCCUUAGUGAACAGGUACGGCUGCAGGCCAGUCACCGUUGCUGGAGCGAUCGUCGGAGCAGUGGGUCUGACCCUUUCUGCCUUUGCUCAGAACGUCCAGACUCUCUACGUCACUAUAGGCCUCCUCACAGGUUGCGGGUUGGGACUGAUCUACCUGCCAGCCAUAGUGUCGGUGACCUGCUACUUCGACCGGUACCGCUCGCUGGCCACGGGGAUCGCUGUCUGCGGCUCGGGGAUGGGCACCUUUCUGAUGGCCCCCCUCACCGAGUGGUUGGUGACCGAGCUCAGCUGGCGGGGGGCUAUCGCCUUGACGGGCGCACUCAUGCUCCACUGCAUCAUAUUCGGCCUCCUCUUCAGGCCUCUGGAGCCUGAGGAUGAAGAUGAUUCUCCGGAGUCUGUGGCCGUACAGCCCAUCAACGGAAAUGUUCAGGUUGCGACUAAGAGACCACAUAGCAUCCAUGGAAGCCUAGGAGGGAAUAGAUUAGCCACUUCACAGCCUGCCCUCACCUCAGAGCACCGACGGUUCGGUAGCGUUGGAGUCAUGUAUAGGAAGGAUAUAUUCUACAGUGGUAGCCUGGCUCAUCUUCCUCAAGACAAGCGUUCUACUACUUGGUUGGAAGUAAAACCUGGUGAAGAAAAACCACUGAUGGGCGGAUCACCUGAAAAAGAAUCUGAUCAAACAAUUUGUGGCCUUUCUCCAGAAACUUCAUCCAUUUUGAUGGAAAUGCUUGAUUUUUCUCUAUUUAAAGAUCCUAUCUUUAUAAUAUUCUCUCUUUCGAAUUUCUGCACCAGCCUUGGAUUCAAUGUGCCUUAUGUAUAUAUUGUUUCACAAGCAGAAGAGAGGGGCCUUUCAAAAAGAGAUGGUAGUUACUUAUUAGCUACUAUUGGAAUUGCUAACACUGUUGGAAGGAUAGUACUUGGAUAUAUCUCUGACAAAGAUUGGGUCAAUAGACUUUGGAUAUAUAACCUCUGCCUGGCAGCCUGUGGUAUAACUACUGCCCUCAGCUGUUUCUGUUGGAAUAUGGCCGGAUUCAUUUUAUAUGCUUCAUUAUUUGGCUUUACAAUUGGAGCCUAUGUUGGACUUACCUCAGUUAUUUUAGUUGACUUACUUGGUUUAGAUAAACUGACAAAUGCCUUUGGCCUUCUUCUACUAUUUCAAGGAAUCGCAUCAUUUCUGGGACCACCUAUCACAGGUUGGCUUUAUGAUGCAACAAAAUCUUAUACCCUUGGUUUUGCAUUUGCUGGAGCCAUGAUGAGCUUUAGUGGAAUCAUGUUAUUCGCAGUGCCUUCCAUUCAACGAUACAUUGCAAGGCGUUCUUCAUCCUUGAAAAAUGGCACAGUGAUAUCCAAAAGUUAACAAUAAUUUAAAUAAGGAGCCAAAAGCAAUAAGCCUUCAAUUAUGCCUUCCAAGCACAAGUUUGAUUCAGUUUUAGUGAAUCGAAUAGUGUAAUUUACUGAAAGCGCAUUCCUGUUGGGAUCCUUAAGUUAUGUUUUACUUAGAUUUUUUAGAAAACUGUAACUAGUCAUUUUGGAAUAAAUAUGCACAGAACUAUACCUUUUUCAAAGUGCAUUUUCUUAAGAGUGAUAUUGAUUUUUUCCUACUUUCUAAAAGAAUAUUACUUCCUUAAUCAUGUUAAAAUUAGUCUAAGCAUUUCACUUAAAAUGUUUUAUUUUAGGAUUGAUCACUAUCGCCUUCCUUUUUAUUAAAUCAAUAAAAAGAAAUUAUGAAUUAACUCAAAUUAAAGUAGUGCAAAAAUAUCUUGCGGAAUAUAUUUAGCCAUGCUUAGUAUAAUAAAAUGUACAAUAGGAUAUUCUUUUAGUGAUAGCAAAGAGGUAAUAGAUAUUAUUCCCUGAGUUUAAUCAUUGAAAUACAACCUUCAGUUACAUAUUCAUUUCAUAAAUACAGUAACUAUAUUUAGUUAACUUGAUAUUGAACCGUUACUUUUUAUUCAAAACUAUUGUUAAUGUUAUACAUAAUUUAAUGCAAUUUUAAAUAUUAAAAUGAAAUAUUUUUUCUUUUUUAUUUUAGGGUUAUUUUUAGUAUAUUACUUGUGAAUUUGAGACGAACAUGUUACCAAAAUGACUAUCUUAAGAAAAAUGUAAAUAAGAGUUAUGAUAAAUUACCAUUACUAACUAAUAUAUAAUUACGUUAUAGAGAUCCUAGACUGUUAUUUUUUUUAUAUAAAUAUAUUUUUUUCACCAAUUAUAACUAACAUAUGAAAUUAUUAAAUAAUAAUAUUUAUGUAGAUAUAAUUUUAUUAUUAUCUUUAUUAUAUUAAGUUUAAUUAAUGAAUUAUUUAAACAAGGUAAUUAAAUGAGAUAUUUAAUAAGGUGCCAUUUAAAUUGAAAUACUAAACUUUUUAAAUAGUUUAGUAAAACUACAGUUUCAUUAAUGAAUUAUAUCAUGAACUUUAUACUAAAUUUUUAAAAUAAUAAAGAAAGCAUCUGGACAGAAAAUAUAUAAUUUAAAAUUACUAAUAUUUGAAAACACCAAUUCGACAAUUUUUUAUUUCUAUAAAUUGAAAAAUAUUAUGUUUUGUAUUUAAAUGGUUUUAUAUUGUGUUUAGAAGCCCUUCAAUAAUAUUUUUACUGAUAAAGAUAAAUAGUAAUCCAGUUAUUAUUCUGAAUAUAGCCUAGAAAUCAACUUCUCAUUACAUUUCCAUUACCAUUAAUGCCAUUUUUUUUUUAUAGAUUUAUUUUAAAUAAUUAGUACUUCCACAACCAUGCCAUCAGGAAACUGUCCUUAAAUAGUUUAAAUAAUCAUUUCUAAGUAGUUCCGAUGAAAUGAAUAUGCUUCCUAAUAAGUUACAUGCCUUAUGCAAUUCAAAUCUAUUUUUCACACAAAGAAUACUUAGAAAGCACCACAUGUCAUUUUUUCUUCCUCUAACAAUAUCCAAUAAAAAUAAAAUAAUUUUCUCAUAGAAGCUUAUACAGUAUAUUCUUAGAUAUAAAAUAAAUAUGUUAUAUGACUCCUUUGUUUAUUUAAAUACUGUAAUAAUCAUUCCCAUUGGGCCCAUUUAAUGAAAAAAUAUAUAUAAAUGGAUGAUUCUAUGACUUAAAAAUGAAAAAGUUCAUAUUUCCAAACAUGUACAUAAUACAUAUCAAAAUAAUACGAGACUGUUUUAUGAUUGAGUUGGUAAUCAUGUUACCUAUUUGGAAAUAUUUUAAUUGAUUUUGUUUCAAGAUGAUUUCUUUUAAUAUUACUUUAUUUGCUAAUAUCAAUAGGAUAUUAAUUACUUUGAAUUUAAAUAUUAAGUAGGUAAUAUAUGUAAGUAUGAACAUUCCAAGGCUACACUGUGUGUUUGAAACAUCUUUCUAAUCCAAAUAAUUUGGUUACAUGUUCAUCUGUAAGUUUGGUAUACUUUUAUUAUUGUAUUACUUCAACUGACCAGUACCCAUUCACUGUGUUUUUGAUAUUUAUUAUUAAUUUUCAUUUUUAAAACUACUAAUAUUAAAAUUAAACUGUACUUGUAUCCGAAAUCUUAGUUCUUAUAAACAAAUAGAGAUCAGCGUAUAAGUAAAUUUGGUUUUUAUCUUGUACAAAAGUAUAGAUAAUUUAUUCAGAUAUAGUUAUAGGUUUAUAUAAUUAAUGUUAUUGCAGUUGCUAAUAAGACUGAACUGUGAUGAAUUGUGGUAAAAUUUAUUGAUUGUUAAAUAUUCUAAUUUGUUUAUUACUUGUUAAUUGUUUUUAAGAUUUUAUCCAAUUACUAUGUGAUAAAUCAACCAUGUACCUCAUUAGAAUUAAGUCAUUUAGAAGAACUUUUUGAGGGAAAUUAACCAUUAAAAAGUUGACAUUCAAUCUAGUUUCCUCCUUAUUAAUGUGU